UCGGGUCAGCGGCUGGGCAGCCGCCCCAGAAACUCUUUGCAGCCGACAGUUCGGUGGGGUCCGUUUACUGCUGAGCUGUCGUGGCCUGGGUGGCAUCAGCUGGUGAGGGCCGACGCCAGCCUAGCAACACCUCCUGAGCAACCAGAGCUCAGGAAACCAGAGAUCCUGGAGGAAAGAGAAGCCCAGGAGGAGAAAGGGGCUCCAAGGAGCCCAACUUCUCAGAGUUCCCUUUAGGUGCUGGUGGAGACCCGUCACCUGGUAGCAAGUGCAAAAUUGGAAAUGGCUUCCCCAGAACCUAAGGGCCUUGUCCCCUUCACCAGAGAGUCUCUUGAAGUUAUGGAACAGCAUAAUGCUAAAAAACACAGUGAGGAACACAAAGAAGAUUUAAAGCCGAACACUGACUUGGAAGUUGGAAAAGAGCUGCCAUUUGUUUAUGGAAAUCUUCCUAGAGCAAUGGUGUCUGAGCCAUUGGAAGAUGUGGACCCAUACUACAAGAAUAAAAUGACUUUCAUAGUAUUAAAUAAAAAGAGAACAAUAUUCAGAUUCAGUGCCACCUGGUGUACAUUGUCUCCUUUCAAUUCAGUUAGAAGGACAACCAUUAAGAUUUUGGUACAUCCCUUUUUCCGACUGUUAAUUUUAAUUAGCAUCCUGAUUGACUGCAUAUUUAUGUCCAUGACUGAUUUGCCAAAAUGGGGGCCAGCAUUACAGAAUACUUUGCUUGGAAUUUAUACAUUUGAAAUACUUGUAAAACUCAUUGCAAGAGGCAUCUGGGCAGGAUCUUUUUAUUUCUUUGGUGAUCCAUGGAACUGGCUCGAUUUCAGUGUAACUUUGUUUGAGCAUAUAUCAAGAUAUUCACCUCCAAACUUCAUUUCAAUAUUUCGAAUUACAAGAAAUUUGAGAAUUUUGAAAAUUAUUCCUUUAAACCAAGGUCUGAAGUCUUUUGUAGGGAUCCUGAUCCAUUGUUUGAAGAAACUCACUGGGGUCAUUAUCCUAACUCUCUUCUUUCUGAGCAUAUUUUCUCUAAUUGGGAUGGAGCUCUUCAUGGGCAACCUGAAGCAUAAAUGUUUGCGAUGGCCCCAAGAAAAUGAAACUGAAACGCUGCACAACAGAACUGGAAACCCAUAUUAUAUUCGAGAAACAGAAAACUUUUAUUAUUUGGAAGGAGAAAGAUAUGCUCUUCUUUGUGGCAACAGAACAGAUGCUGGUCAGUGUCCUGAAGGAUAUGUGUGUGUAAAAGCUGGUGUAAAUCCUGAUUAUGGCUACACAAAUUUUGACAGUUUUGGCUGGACCUUAUUAGCCCUAUUUCGGUUAAUGAUGCAAGAUUACCCUGAAGCACUUUAUCACCAGAUCCUUUAUGCUUCUGGGAAGGUCUACAUGAUAUUUUUUGUUGUGAUAAGUUUUUGGUUUGCCUUUUAUAUGGCAAGUUUGUUCUUAGGCAUACUUGCUAUCUCCUGUGAAGAAGAAAAGCAGAGAGCUGCUGAAAAAGCUAAGAAGACUGAGCCGGAACUUCAGCAGGCUUUAACGGAACUUCAAGAAGGAAAUAAAGCAGCAGAGACCAAGACUACAGAAAUAGAAAUGAAGAAAAGAUCAUCAACUUCUAUGAUUACUUCUUUGGAUAUGUUGGAUGAUACUACUAUCAGACAUAAAGAAGAACUUAGAAAAUCCAGGAAGAGAUGCCCAUUUUGUUGGUAUAGAUUUGCUAAAACUUUCUUGAUCUGGAAUUGUUCUCCCUGUUGGUUAAAGUUGAAAGAGUUUGUCCAUAUGAUUAUACGGGACCCAUUUACCGAUCUUUUCCUUACCAUAUGCAUAAUUCUAAACAUACAUUUUUUGGCCUUAGAACACUACCCAAUGAGUUUAGAAACCAACAACAUUCUCAACAUUGAAAACCAGGUGUUUAUUGGAAUUUUCACAGCAGAAAUGAUUUUUAAAAUAAUUGCCAUGCAUCCGUAUGGGUAUUUCCAAGUAGGCUGGAACAUUUAUGAUAGCCUAAUUGUGUUCCAUGGUUUAGUAGAACUUUAUGUAACACAUUUUCAUGGACUGGCUGUUUUUCGAUCAUUCAGGGUGUUACGAAUUUUCAAAUUGGGGAGAUAUUGGCCAACUUUCAAGAUUUUGAUGCUGACUCUUGGUAACUCAAUGAUGGCCCUGAAAGACUUGGUCCUGCUGUUGUUCACAUUCAUAUUCUUUUCUGCUGUGCUUGGCCUGAAGCUGUUUGGUUCAAAUUACAAAAUAUACGUCUGCAACAUAGAUGAAGACUGUCAACUUCCACGCUGGCACAUGCAUGAUUUCCUCCACUCCUUCCUGAAUGUAUUCCGGAUUCUCUGUGGAGAGUGGAUAGAGACUUUAUGGGAUUGCUUUAAGGUAGCAGGCCAAUUCAGUUGUAUUCCUUUUUACAUGAUGGUGAUUUUAGUUGGAAACUUAUUGAUACUUUACCUGUUUCUGGCAUUGGUCAGCUCAUUUAGUUCAUACAAGGCUACAACAACUGAAGAGAAUGAUGAAGCAAAAAAUCUCCAGCGUGCAAUGGCAAGGAUUAAAAAAGGAAUAAAUUAUGUGCUUUCUAAAAUAUUAUGCAAAAACCAAAAUGUUCUAGAGGAAACAAUGGACAAUGUAAGUGAUAUAUAUGUUAAAGAGAAUAUUUCUGACCAUACUCUCUCUGAAUUGAGCAACACCCAAGAUUUCCUCAAGGAUAAGGAUAAAAGCAGUGGCACAGAGAAAAACACAAUGACCGAAAAUGGGAGUCAGUCACUUAUCCCCAGUCCCAGUGUCUCAGAAACUGUACCGAUUGCGUCAGAAGAAUCUGAUAUAGAAAAUCUGGACAAUAAGGAGAUUCAGAGCAAGUCAGGUGAUGGAAGCAGCAAAGAGAAGGUAAAGCAAUUUAGCUCAUCUGAAUGCAGUACGGUUGAUAUUGCUAUCUCUGAAGAAGAAGAAAGGGUCUAUGAAUGUGGAAAGCCAAAGCGUCUUAAAAACGUUUCAUUCUUGACAGGUUAUGGACGAAGAUCUUCAUCUGCUCAAAUCAGCAGAGACUCCAAGAAAGGAAAAAUGUGGCAGAACAUAAGGAAAACUUGCUGCAAAAUAGUAGAAAACAGUUGUUUUAAGUGUUUCAUUGGCCUUGUCACUCUGCUCAGCACAGGUGCUCUGGCUUUUGAAGAUAUAUAUAUUGAUCAGAGGAAGACUAUUAAAAUCUUAUUAGAAUAUGCUGACAUGAUCUUCACUUACAUCUUUAUUCUGGAAAUGCUUCUAAAGUGGAUGGCAUAUGGUUUUAAAGCCUAUUUCACUAAUGGCUGGUAUCAACUAGACUUCAUGGUUGUUAUUGUGUUUUGUAUUAGCUUAAUAGGCAAAUCUCGGGAAGAACUAAAACCGCUUAUUUCCAUUAAAUUCCUUCGAGCACUCAGAGUUCUAUCUCAAUUUGAAAGAAUGAAGGUGGUAGUGAGAGCUUUGGUAAAAACAACUUUACCCACAUUGAAUGUGUUUCUGGUCUGCCUUAUGAUCUGGCUGGCUUUUAGCAUCAUAGGAGUACACUUAUUUGCUGGCACAUUCUAUGAAUGCAUUGACCCAACAAGUGGAGAAAGGUUUCCUGUAUCUGAAGUCAUGAAUAGAAGUCAAUGUGAAAGCCUUGUGUUUAAUGAAUCCAUGCCAUGGGAGAAUGCAAAACUGAACUUUGAUAAUGUUGGAAUCAGUUUUCUUUCACUGCUUCAAGUAGCCACAUUUAAUGGAUGGAUCACUAUUAUGAAUUCAGCAGUUGAUUCUGUUGGUGUAGAUAUGCAGCCUAAUUUUGAAGACAACAUCUACAUGUGUUGUUACUUUAUUGACUUUAUUAUCAUUGGAUUAUUUCUUCCUCUGAGUAUGUUGAUUGGUGCUAUUAUUGCUAAUUUCAACAAACAUAAAGUAAAGCUGGGAGGCUCAAAUAUCUUUAUAACAGUAAAACAGAAGAAACAAUGCCAUGCACUGAAGAAGCUGAUGUGCGAAGUCUCUCAAAAACCAGUACCUCGCCCAGAAAACAAGUUCCAAGGAUUUGUCUUUGACUUGGUAACAAAUCAAGUUUUUGAUGUCAUCAUCAUGGUUCUUAUAUUUUUCCAAGCAAUAACCAUUAUGAUACAAAGUGAUGAACAGAACCCAAAAAUUGACAUUGCUCUCUACUGGAUUAACUCAGUUUUUGUUACACUGUACACUGGAGAAUGUGUACUAAAGCUUGUCGUUUUCCAUUACAACUAUUUCACCAAUGGAUGGAACCUUUUUGAUUUUAUGGUGGUUGUUUUCUCUAUUACAGGACUAUUUCUGCCUCUGAUGGUGGGAUAUUACCUUGUACCUCCUUCCCUUGUGCAACUGAUACUUCUCUCACGGAUCAUCCACAUCCUGCGUCCUGAGAAAGGACCAAAGAUGUUCCAUGAUCUGCUGCUUCCUUUGAUGCUGUCCCUCCCCGCAUUGUUGAACAUCAGUCUCCUUAUCUUCCUGAUCAUGUUUGUCUACGCCAUCUUUGGAAUGUACAAUUUUGCCUAUGUUAAAAAGGAAGCUGGAAUUAAUGACGUGUCCAACUUUGAAACCUUUGGCAGCAGUAUGCUCUGUCUUUUCCAAGUUACAGUCUUUGCUGGUUGGGACGAGAUGCUCAAUGCAAUUUUCAACAGUAAAUGGUCUGACUGUGAUCCUGAUAAAAUUAACCCUGGGACUCAGGUUAGAGGAGACUGUGGUAACCCCUUUGUUGGGAUUGUUUAUUUUGUCAGUUACAUCCUCAUAUCGUGGCUGAUCAUUGUAAACAUGUACAUUGUUGUUGUCAUGGAGUUUUUAAAUAUUGCUUCUAAAAAAAAAGCCAAGACAUUGAGUAAAGAUGAUUUUAGGAAAUUUUUUCAGGUAUGGAAGAGGUUUGAUCCUGACAGAACCCAGUAUAUAGACUCUAGCAAGCUUUCAGACUUCGCAGCUGCUCUUGAUCCUCCUCUUCUAAUGGCAAAACCAAACAAGGGCCAGAUCGUUGCUAUGGAUCUUCCCAUGGCUGUUGGGGACAGAAUUCAUUGCCUUGACAUCUUACUCGCUUUAACAAAGAGAGUUAUGAGUAAAGAUGUGAGCAUGGAGAAAGUUCUUUCAGAGAUGGAAUCUGGAUUUACGUUAGCCAACCCUUUUAAGAUCACAUAUGAGCCAAUUACAACUACUCUGAAACGAAAACAAGAGGUAGUCUCAGCAACCAUCAUUCAGCGUGCUUAUGAAAGUUACCGUUUAAGGCAAAAUGACAAAAAAACAUCAGAUAUUCGUAUGAUAGAUGGGGACGUGGAAGUUCAGGCUAUCAAAGAAGAUUCAUAUUUUGACAAAACUGAGGGAAAGUCAACUAUUUAAAGCCAGAUCUAAUCCCACUUACUACCUUUUCACCUUCUUUACAUAUUCCCCAAAUGUUAAAAGUUUAGAUCAGAAAUAAAAGCAAAGAUCAGAGAAACUAAAGAUUUCACUUAAAAAUGAAUUGUUUACAACCCAUGGAAGAUAAGCUUGUGCUCACAAGAUCCCAUGUCCAAUUCACUUUUACCCCUGUAUAUUCAGUCUGACCAAGACAACCCCUUGAUAUUACUGCAGAGUUAAAUUGGGUUAAAACUGUUGUUUAAUAAUCCAAUACUUGUUUUCUCUAUAUGGCUUAUAUGGUGUGUGCUUCUUCUGGAGGGUUGGGGGAGGUAGUAGCAGAAAUUAGUAGCCAAAGGAGCUUACUUAUACAUUUUAUGUCUACUUUAACUUGAUGGGAUUCAAGUCACUACUAAUGGGACUUAAUUACAAAUAAACAAGUACUUUCUUAAAGUAGGAUGGUAUUUUAAAAAAAUAGUACAAUGCUACAGGCCAUUAAAUCAUAAACUUGCCUAGACCGAUACCAAUCAAGGGAAGAGGAAAGGCAGUUCUUAGAAAGUGUCUUUGAGAUUAAUCAAAGAGACUCUUGGGCUGAUUCAAACCACUUUUGAAAAAGAUUGAUUAGAGCCUAGGUUUUGUUUUUGAUUGUUUUGGUUUUAUUUAUUUUUGGUUUGUGAAUUAAUGUUUCAUUGUUCUUGGAUUCCUGGUUUCUCAUCUUUCUGGCUAGUUCCAGCUAAGGACCAUUCUCUCUUUAAGAGAAUGGGUUCCUAGAACAGUCAGCAUAAAGGGAACUACAGUUACAGCUUACAUUUUCUAAUUUUUCUCAUUUCUCAUUGGGAAACAGUGGCCACUUUGUAGUACUUUCCACUGCACUUCAUGGAUUUUUAUAACUUUGAGAAAGAAAAUGAUCACUAAAACUGUGUGGACUCUGAACUAGGAGAUCAAAGUGUGAGUUUGUUGCUCAUGGUGUUUUAUAACAUUAGUGUAUGCAAGUUAGUUUCCACUUUCUCAUUUAUCUUUCCAAGUUUUCUGUUUUGUUUCAUGUUUAUUUCAUCACAUACAUAAUUACUAUGUAAAAUGUUUUAUGUUUGAAAAACUUUAAAAUCCUAAGCAUUAAUUUUCACUAGUAAAAUUAUUUUUAAAAGAUAGGCACAGAUAGUUGUUUUGAUGUAAUCAUAAAAUGCAGUCUCUUGCAUCCCUGUAAUUUGAGAUUCAGAUAUUUAUUCUAUUUGUAUGAAGAUUGAUUUCAGUGUGCCUACAAAGUCCUAAAGGAUUCAGAAAGAAAAUAUGUAUACUGAUGACUUAAUGACAAGCUUUAACUAUGUUGUAUGACAUUCAAUAUCACUUAAAUAUCAGUAAUCGUAUUUUAUUAUAAAUGCAUGAUCUUGAUUGAGCCUUAACUAUUAUAAUCUAUUUCUGCUCCUCAGAAAUGUAUUAACCUGACCAAGAUGCCUUUGGGGGAUCCCCUAAGCAAAUGUAAUUUCAGGGUUGUUUCUUACUGUAAGUGUUCCUUCCCUCUCUCCUCCUGUUCUCCAUCAUGUGAUGGGGACCAGUGAGGAAUCAGUGUUAAUUUGGUGACAUGGUGACAGCUGGUGCUUUAUUUAAGCUUCUCAAUUUUCUAUUUCUUGGAAAUGCUUUAAUGUGAAAACUGCUUCAAAUAUUUAAACUGAAUCUAAGCUUGCUUCUGUAAAUUCCAUAAAGACUAUGAACUGAUUUUAGUUCGAAAAUGAUAUCUUUUAAUUGUAAAUCAUGUUUGCCACUAACCUUCCAAAAACUACGUAAAGAAUUAUUUUUAGCAAAUAUUACAAUAUAUUUUACUUUUUAGAUACUAAAGAAAAUAGUAAAUACAACUUGUUAACCAAGGUAA